UCAUCAUCAUCAUCGUGUCGUCAUCUCUCUCUCUCUUACACGCACACGCACACUCUCGAUCUUGACUUUUGUCCAGAAGGCCAUUCGAGAGGGAGGGAGGCUCGUGGGCAUUCGGGAAGCUCUUGUUCAAUGGAGAGAUUGCCGGAGGAGCUCUGUUCCAAGAUAUUCUGCUUGUUGGAUCACCAGAACCUCGCCACUGCUCUUCAAGUUUGCAGAAAGUGGAAAGUCUUGGCCUCAGCCAACACCCUUUGGAGUAAUUUGUUCAAGGAGAGAUGGGGAGAAGAUCGCGCUGCAUUCUAUGAUCCUGCCAACUCAAAGUCCUGGAAAGAGGUGUAUGAGGUGCAGGACCGUUGUGACCGUGUCGGACUGGGACUAAAGAUAAUCAGGGAAGGCGGUGAAUACUUUAUCGUUCACCAAGGUGAAAUUCAACAUCAUCUAGGUUCAAGGACCUCUUGCCCUUUGGGUUCUAAAAGGCAUCAAAAUGGGGAAGAAUUGAGGCACGGGGAGGCAUCCUGCCGAAGCCAAGGUAUUCUUGACAGGAUCCUCUUCUUCAUUGGGGACUUGGAAGUGGCUUCCACGGAUGCAAAACGUUGUCGGGUCCUAGAAUAGCGUCUAUGUUCAUAUGUUUAUAACAUUAUCCUGUUUGUUGUAUGUAGGCCUUUAUGUAGAAUCCGCUCAUUUUGAUUUAGAAGCGAGGAGGGCCCUCUCGUGUUGUGUAUUCAUCGCCUGAUGUAGAAUGGCCUAUGCAGAUUUGUGUUUAUCUUGCGGUUCAUUUCAAACUGAUGGAAUUUAUCGAUUCUAGUUCAUUCUGUACUUGAAAAA